UAUAGUAUAGCCUGGGCAUUGUUGAUGUGCGUUCCCAUUUUCUGUGCCCAGUGUGUCCCAACAUGGCUGGACGAUGAAGAGACGGGGUUUGGGAACCAGGAAAACCAUGUCCUGCUGAGGAUGAUUAUGGCCGAUGUUGGCGACAAAGGAAAAUAUAAGAAGAAGAUAAGAAAGCCUGAUCGUGAGUUUGAUACUUUUCUGCCGGACACCAUGCGUGCACCAGUAAUUCAGGUGUUGGGAAAACCUCCUGCAGACUUCAAGGGCGGCUCCAGUAACUCCAACAACUAUGAGCACCCACAUCCCCAUGGCUGGGAAAAGCGUGGCAGUGGCCGCUACCAUGAUGAAUGGGAGAAAAGAGGCAGUCUUGGGGGAGUUGCAGGGACAGGGAGUGUCCUGAGAAUCAGUGAGGGAAGCAGGAACUCUAUUUUUUCUGGAGAUUCUGGGAGACCUCCUGGGAGGGGAGAUGAAAGCGAAGAACCACCUCAAUCAGGAGUGGUUACUCCCACACCAGUCAUCCUCUCACGGGCACGCAGCAGUAGUGAGCAGCGAUCUACUUCCCCUAAUUCUGCUGUGGUGACAUCCAGGAAAGAUUCUGCCCCUGUUGUGAAUGCUGCCAGUGCUCCAACUAGCCAGCAGUAUCACAUUGCCCCAAAGCCUCUCAUGAUGGAAGCCUCUCUUAUACCUGAGAGGAUGAUGAAAGGUCCAUUACGCCUUCUGGAUGAAAGCCUUAGCCUAUGUGAUGAUCUUGGACCUUACUUGCUGGACCAGAGCAACUUCCUUGUGGUGGCUGUGAUGGGCCUGCAGGGUGUGGGCAAGUCAAGCCUUGCUUCCCUGCUUGUUGAUCCUACCAUCAACAUUCAUAAGAAUCGGUCAUGCAUGUUCCGGCCAGAGAGUUUUGAGCAAGUCAUGUCUGCAUGCCAUGGGACCAAUGGCAUUGAAAUUUACAUAACUGCUGAACGCCUUAUGAUUCUGGACUGCCAACCUCUUUUAUCAUCCUCCAUCAUGGACAGACUCAUCACCCAGGAAAAGAAGUUCACCUCUGACUACAACUCCACAGAGAACCUGAUGGAGGUGGAAUCCCUUCAGGUGCUGACAUUUGUGAUGAGCAUUGCCCACGUGGUUCUGCUGGUCCAGGAUGUUGCAGCUGAUCCCACCCUCAUUCGUCUCCUGCAAACGUGCGAGAUGAUGAAGCCUUCCUCUUCCUCUUCAAACACCUCAUCAUCAUCAUCCUCUCCUGCCAACUCUUCUGCUGCUGAAGACACCCAGCAAUAUUUCCCACAUGUAGUGUUUGUGCACAACCGUGCACCCCUCCACUACUUCACCCCAGCAACAUUGAAGAGACUGCAGACUGUUUACCAGGAAGCAUUUAUGGGAUCGUGCCUAGAGAGUGAGAGUCGUGUGGGUGUGUGCAACAGUUUAACCUACACCCCAUUGGCACAAACAUCUUGUGGCAGUCUUGUCAAUCUCUUCUUGCUGCCUGACCUCCACCAGAAAGAUCACAGUCCUGUAGUCUCCUUCAGUGAGGCUAUACGUGAAAUGCGGCGACAGGUGCUAAGCCUACGUCGUCUGCCUCUCACUCAUGUCACUCUGACAGAAAAGUCUUGGUACCAGUAUGUGUGCCGCACCUGGGAGAGUGUGCGCAAGUGGAGUCUAUUCAUGGAGUACAGCCGCCUGCUGCCUUGAGCGGUACUGGUGCUUGUAUGUGGACACCUCCUGCCUAGCACCACUGCCCACACUACCUGGGUGUCGUGCUGCAAGUGACGCCUGGCGCCAUUCUCUGGCACGCUCUGCCCCCUGUGGGACUCACAGCCAGUCGGCCCCGCCCUGCUCCUGCCCCUCCCCAUCCCACAACUCAGUUUGUGGGCAUGGGAUCAUCAUUCUGAUGGGGUCGGUGUGCACGUGGGCAUCGUGCCCAGCUGUGGGAGUGGCACUGCGUCGUAUGUUGUUUGGAGCUGUAGUCCUUGGUCAUCAUCACCUUGGGCAGCAGUUGUGAAUGGCCCAGCUUCUUUGUUGGGUCUCUUCAGGUUGCAUUGUUAUUUGUGUGGGUGCCCAUUACAGUAGUUCCUCACUCUUGUGGCUGUUGUGUAUUAACAUCCCAUCUAGGAGUCGUCCUAGAUCUAAAGUAUGUUUCAGUAACAAAGAACCAUAUAUAGUGAGAAGCAACCACAAACCAUGAUCAGUGAGGUACCACAGUAAUGAGUAAGCCAUAACAAAAACUUUUGUAACACCAUCCCUGACCUUAUCAGAGUGGGUCUGGCUUUUCAGUACAUCAUGUUUAACAUAAGAGGAAUAGCUCAUUUGGUCAGCUUAUGAAUUAUUCAAGGAACAGAAGAAAGAUUGUGAGCAGUUAGAAGCUGUAUUUCAAAUUCUGAUCUUUACUUGCACCAAGAUUAAUUCCAACAAUUUUUGUCAAAAUUAUAAGACUCCAUGAUUAGGUAAGACUAAAUGCAAAGAAGUAUGCAUGUGUGUGUGUGUGUGUGUGUGUGUGUGUGUGUGUGUGUGUGUGUACAUGAGUGUGACAAUGUCUGCAUUGCAAUAUUAUAUCCAUUAGGUGAUUGUUUACAAAUCACUAGCUCUUUGUGAAAAUACAAAAAGAUAUGUUUUUAAAAGACUUGGUGAUUUCAUGCCUUGAAACUGGGGAAAAAAAAAAAAAGUAUAAAUGGUAAUAUUUCCACAAUGAAAAGCAACAUUGGACCACUUCUCACAAAACAACAUAUCCACAUAUGCUGCAAUCAUAAGAUUAUAUCAGCAUCCACUGAUAUCCACAAAAUAGUUCUUCCAUAAGCUUAAAAAAAUCAUGUUAUUGUUCAUAUUAAUUAAAAGUUUUCUUUGCAUUUAUAUUUUAGUUACAAUAAAACAAACAUUAUUAGGUAUGAGCAAAGGAUAUGUUAUUUACAAAGUAAUUUUUAAAUGACCACACUUUCCAUACAAUAGCACAAAUAAACACAAUAACCAAAUGAUUUGAUGGGCAUAGUUGUAUAUUUUUUUUUUAAUUCAAAACCAGAUUUAACAAUAAUGCUUUGAAAACACAUCCUUUUGUUAUUCUGAAUUAAAUUCAUAGCUUUUUAUGAAAGUGGAAAGAUAAAAAUAGUAUGAACUAUUAUGAGGAUGCAUAUAAUGUGGAUAUAUAUAUAUAUAUAUAUAUAUAUAUAUAUAUAUAUAUAUAUAUAUAUAUAUAUAUAUAUAUAUAUAUAUAUAUAUAUAUAUACGAGUAUAUAUAUAAACCUAAAAAAUGUAGGCUACAUGGGAAGAAAGAUAAUUUUUUAUCUUUGAAAGUCUGUGCAUUUCAGAUCAGAUGUGUGUUUUUAACACCUAUAAUUGUUCUGACUACCUGUUGUUAUAUCAAAGGCAGAUAGGUUUGACUGGAAAAAAUACUGUGCCCACAAUCUAUGUAACUGGAACAAAUGUACGUCUUCUAUAAAUGUUGCAUAUAUAUUGGUCAGUAAAGAAAUUUAAUAAUGUUUAUAUGUAAUUAUAAUCUUGGAGUAUAUAUAUAUAUAUAUAUAUAUAUAUAUAUAUAUAUAUAUAUAUAUAUAUAUAUAUAUAUAUAUAUAUAUAUAUAUUAUAAAAGUGCAUAUGGGCUACUGGUGUGGUGGUUAGAGCUUUCAGCUAACAAUGAAAAGGUCCUGGUCUCUAAUCCUGUAAUGGAAUCAUAUAAGCUGAUGAUUUUCAUUGCUUUAUAUAACUACACAGGUACGGCUAAUUAAAUUGGUUAUUAUCAUCCAAAAAUGGAAGGCUCAUGGAACUAGUGAUGACACAGGCAUUAGUAUUUUAAAAUCUUGGAAUGAAUGAAUUAUGGAUCUUUGUCAGGUUCCCUUUAUAUGUUAUCGCUGGAUAGUCACAGAUCAAACAUUUCCCUUGUGUACAGGUUAUUUUACAUGUUUUUCAGUGUUCAGUAGAAGUUGAUUGGCAUCUAAAUGUGCCAUGAGGAGGCCACAAGUGGAUAUGACCUGUCAUCAUUUCUAACAUUCAGGGACAAGCUGUGGAACAGCAACUACAAGCUUAUCUUUGUAAACCUAACACAAAAUUCUGAGUUUACCUGGAGCUCCUGCUGUAACUGAAUAAGACUGGAAGAGAGUAAGGUUAGUUGGUUGUUCUGUUGGUAUUUAGUUGGUUUGGGUCUUUAAGGUUUUGUUGUAUGUGUGAGAAUGUUUGUUUUUGCUCUGUGUGUGUGUGUGUGUGUGUGUGUGUGUGUGUGUGUGUGUGUGUGUGUGUGUGUGUGUGUGUGUUUAAGAAUAUGUGACAACACAGGGAAAUACAUCCUAAAGAAAAUUACUCCUCACUAGCCUUUUGUUCAUGUCUUUUGUAAAUUUUUUUUAUAUAUUUUUCAGAGGUAAGACUAUUUUUUUUUCUUUCUUUCAUAAUAUUUUCAGUUCACUACACAACCUUAUUUUCCCAAUAUCUUCUCAUUUUCACUGUACUCACAUUCUUGAGUCUGGGUACCUCCAACACACACACACACACACCAGUUUUAUAAUGGGAAACAUGUUUGGUUAUCAUAGAUUAUCAAUAAUAUUUUCUCUUCAUUUACUUGAUUUGUUGUGUGUGAAUAAUCUAAAUUGAUCAUUCACAUUUACAUGAAAUUAAAAUCAGCCAAGGAGCACAUGGAAUAAGGGAAGGGAAAAUGAAACACAUUUUUCUAUAAUUUUGUCACUCUAGAAGGCUUUCGAAGAUCAGUCUUCAAAGAUCUUUGUCCUGUUUUAGAAUUGAUCCACCUUGGCACCAGCCUCCUGUAGACUGGGGAUAUCAGUGACAAAUGCUCCCUCUUUUCCUACCCUAGGUGAACUCUUUGGAGGGCAAUAUAUGUACAUAUGACACUUUCAUAUGUACAUAUGAAAGUGUCCACACACACACACACACACACACACACACACACACACACACACACACACACACACACACACACACACACACACACAAGCUUAAAGGUAUAUAUCCAAGAAUGUUUUUCAUUAACACUACAAUUUAAAUACUACUUUCAGAUUUCAUUGAGGCAAAACAUUAACUACAUACAAUAAAUGUUUAGGCCUGUAGUGCUUGUGUGAGCUCAUCCUAUGAGAUACUUUUUGACUUUGCCCUUGUAGUUAUAAAUUACUUUCUUGUAGCUAAGUGGUGGAACAUUUCUUUUAUUUGUGUUCAUAAAUGCCAAUGGUUUUAUGUGUAUCUUCUUUUACUGACCAAAGAACACAAGAUGUUUGGUGUAACUGUCUACUCUUAUGCUUUGCCUUACUUAUCUAGUACAUGUAACUAUUAAGUAUGGGUUGAACAUAUGAAUCAAUAACUAUUAUGAAUUUUGUGCCAUUGUUAUAGGGGAUUAUCAUAAGUCAAAAAGAAAUUUGUGGGAUUUAUUUGAGAAUUGAAUGGUGUCCCUAUAAGUGGAAUCCCUGUGUGUAUCCAGGGCUCCAUAUAGUUAGGUAUAGGAUGAGGUUCCUAGCCAAGAGGUCAAAGACAUCACAGUUCUAGAAACUUCUUGACAAAGGACACAUUUGAUACUUUCCUGACCACAUUAUUUGAUGAUGGUUUAUCAAGUUUGUAGUUUCAGUGUGAUUGUAUUAUUUAUCAUUCACAUCCAAAACUUUUAUCUUGAUUGAUUUAUUUAUUUUUCUUUCUCUUUAAUACUGAUCAAUGGGUAUUUAAUUUUUGACAUGAUUGACUGCAAAAGGAACAUUAAAUAGAUUGUUAAUCUGCCUUGCAAUACAAGAUUGUUAAGUUCUGCAAGGUUAUUAUUGGUUUGAAACAGGAACUUUAUUAAUGUGCAUGAGAGGUUUAGAUCACAUAACUAAUGAUUUUGUUUUCUUUAUAGAAAAAUUAAGAUUAAGCAGCAAGAGAAGUUACAUAAGCAAGUGAAAGGUUUAUUAUGUGCAUAUGGGGUGUACUUAGCUUUACAAUAUAACAUCCUUAGAUGGUUUUAGAAGACCUGAAGUCAGAAAAACAGCCUCUGAAAAAAAAAAAUAAUAAUAAUAAUAAAGAAAUAAAGAAAUGUUUUUGCCAAGUCACCUCAGGCCAAGCCAGAAGUACUUCAGUUUUAGGGAAUAUCAUGAAAGAUAUCACAACUAUGGUAUUAUCUUUAAGUGAACAGUAUCAAAACUAUUAUCUGAGAAAACUGAAUGCACAAACCUUUUAUUCCUGCAAUUCCUGCAAAUAGCCUUUGUCAUUAAAUAACAAACUAUCUUCUGCAUAUGCUACCUAAUAUCAGCUCAGAAUGAGUUUAAAUUUCACGUGCACAAAAAUUCCAUGAUUCCCAUAAGGUAUCAUUUAUUUUAAACAUGGUACACGGCUGCUACAGUAUACAGUAAAUUUCCAUCCAGUUACUAUGCUAUGCUGAGUAUGUGAAAUAAGGCUACCAACUAUGACUUUCUUGAUGUGUAAUUAGAAGAUAGAAAAUUUAAUACUGAAAUGUUAACAACAAAUAGUUUUGUGAUUGAAAUGCCUUAAGGUGAGGUCAGACAAGGACUAUUAAUUUCCAUGCUGUUAUUUACUUUGGCUGAAGUUUUGAAAGAUUAUUAGGUCACAUGUAGCAUCUUGGAGCUAGCAGAGUCUGAAGUCUGAUGUGACUUUAUUUUUUAAUUAUAAUGGGUGACCAAGAUUAUUCAUUAGGAGGUUUUGUAACUUGAACAUUAACAAAACAUAGCAGGAUGAAUACUACUGUUGCAGUGUAGUGAUACACUUGCAAAAGAAAAAGAAGCAGAAGAAAUACUUGUGAAUUCAUCAGAGGUUGAAGAAAAAUAAGAGACUAAAUUUAAAUGAAUGAGGAGGGAGAUGUCAGCAUUCAGGAGCCAGCUAGUGCUGUCUUCUACAACAUCAGUUGUUUGUUUAGGUUUUUGUGUAUUGGUCUAGUAUUAGUGUACACACACACACACACACACACAUACACACAAAUAUUGAUUAAAUUGAUAUUAUGCCACAGAUUGAUUAUUUAGUGUGACACAAGGGACUAUGGUUACUUAAAAUCUGUACUAGCUUAGAGUGUAUGUAGAUCUAUCAUUCUGUCUUCAACACAGAUCAUACUUAAUUUGCUUUAUGAUUUUGUAAUCAGCUUCCUGUUACUCUCAAAGGUUUCUGCAGUAUCAGUGUAAGAAAACUACAUUAAACCAAUCUUGUAAUUUAGAAAGUCACCAGAUGUUAUGUUUAGUUGCUGGCAUUCUCAGGAUGGGAUGAGAUUCUAAAGAAUUAUAUGGGGAGCAAGAAACUUACUGGACAACUUGCAUGUAUGUAAUUGGGGCACCACUUACCCUACAAAUACUUUAAGCACCAUUCAGGCAGGCCCUUCAGUAUGGGAAUGACAGUAACUAAUGUGAACUAAUAUCAUGUUUAAACUCAAAAAUAGUUGAGUACUUGCGUGACUUAAUUGAUGUAUUCAUCUAUCUAUUUAUCUACCUAUAUAUCAUACCUGUUCCUUAGUAUAAAAAAAUAAAUAAAAAAUAAAAAUAAAACUGAAGAGGAUUACCACUACAAAUGCCUCCAUUUUUUCUCUUCAUUACAUUUUCUCCUUGUAUACUUUCAUCCUCGGCCACUUUUCUUAACAUGCUAAAUACGUUUUAUACAUAUAUAUAUACAAGUCUGUAGGGGGAGGUAAAUUACACUGUAGAACAGCCAAUUUAUUGUUAUGAGUCAAAGAUGUGAUUCCUUCUUGUUUUGAAUUAUAGUUUAGCACAUGGUCUAUUUUGUCAGUAAUAUAUAUAUAUAUAUAUUAUAUAUAUAUAUAUAUAUAUAUAUAUAUAUAUAUAUAUAUAUAUAUAUAUAUAUAUAUAUAUAUAUAUAUACGUGGGUGUUAUCAUGAUACUUUAUCAUGAUAAUGAUAUUGGGUUAUUGGUUAUCCGAUAAUUAUUUUUCCUGUGUUAUCGAUUUGUCACUAUUGCUGAUACUUUUGGUCCCAAACUAGCGAUAAUCAAUGAGUUUAGCUUUUGGAACAUGAGUAUGUUGAAGUUUUAAACUUUCAAAAUCAAAUGUAGUCAUUUUACUUAAAACUACUUUUCAUUAGUGAAGAGACAGGAUAAACAUUGAAUUUUAAGUUUUCUUAGAUAUUUCUAUUUUUUUUAAGAUAAAGAUAAAAAUAAGGAUUUGGAUUUAUCAAUUUAUCAAUUUUUUAUUUAAAAUAUCAAUAUCAUUAUCGCUAGUAUCUGAAUUUAGAUUUAUCAAUUUAUCGGUUAUCAGUUAUUCGGCGAUAAAUUUAUCACCCGUUAUUGAUUAUCAGUUAUCGCUGAUAAGGUUACUGUUAUUGAUUUAUCGGUUAUCGUGAUAAUUUUUUUAGUUAUUGUGCCCAUAUAUAUAUAUAUAUAUAUAUAUAUAUAUAUAUAUAUAUAUAUAUAUAUAUAUAUAUAUAUAUAUAUAUAUAUAUAUAUAUAUAUAUAUAUAUAUAUAUACUCUUUAGGGAAGGAAACCGCUGAAUCACAACAUUAAGGUUUGCAUCCUACACCUUUUCUGCCUUUGACUUAAAGGGACAUCUUGCUAAUUAAAAAGUUGCCUUUAAUUUACUCUUUGGUUCACCUGCAUGUAGUGAAGGCAGCCACCUCACACACAUCUGUCAGUUACUUUAAAAAAAAAACAUCAGGAUGACAAAAAACUUCAAACUUUUUUUUGCUCAAUUUUUCUCUAUCCUUCAAGUCUCUUGUGCUGACCAUCCACAAGUGAAGUUACCACAGCAUGGUGUUUAUAACAACCAAAUACAUAUGCUUCUAUAUUGGCUGACCUUGAUUUUUUCUUUUUCUUUCUUUCUUUUUCUUUUCUUUUUUUUUUACAUUAAAAUACCUUUUUUUUUGGGGGGGUGGGGGAGGAAUGUAGAAAUAUUCUACUGUGAUACAUUUUACUUUCAGUGAGAUAUUUCAAAUAAAGGAAUAUAUCUUGUGUGGAUUUCAGUGGAUGAACACUGUAGAUGAUUCUAGUAUUUUUUUCUAGAAGAGCAUUUAAAAUUUUUUCUAUCUGGAGGAUAUCUAUGAAGAUCACAGCCUGGUAUUACUCUGUAUAAUCACCCUCAGUGCAAGAUGAUGAGCUUCAAGGAAUAGCAAAAGCUGACCCAUAUAAAAAUAAUGGUGAUCUCAUGACUCCAUAAUUCAAAACUAGAAAAAAAAAAUUUCUUAUUUGUCUUUCCUUUUAAGACUUCUAGUCACCAAGCUAAAAAUGCAUACAAAUAUUGGUUGAGUAAUUCUAUGUACUUUGGAAUGUGUAUGGGACCAGCACCCAUUCCAUCCUUCUUGAGGUUGUUUGGAUUUGUGUACAUACAUUAGCUAUGAGAGAUCAGGAGUGGUUAGUGCUAUACCACAAAUGAUAAAGUGAUUUUGUGAUGAAAUGAACGUAAAGAAAAAUCAUGAACAAGUUUGUUUUUUGAUAGAGAAAGAAUAUGGUAGAUGAGUUUAGAGAACCAUGAUGCUGAUUAGAGAUAAUAGAGAGAAACUGCAAAAUUAUAUCAGUUUAAUAGAAUAAAUGUGAAGGAAUUUAAAUAUAAUUCUGUAAAGAGCAAAAGGAGAAUUUGCUGACAUAGGCCUGAAUGACUGAAUAUUUGAACUGCUGGCAAGUUUUCAUUAUUGUGGUUUUGAUAUUGAUCCAUCAUAAUCCAGGGAGAUAAGGGCAAGCCACAGUUAGAGGAAGGGCAAAUUUUAAGAGACUGGAAUGCAAAGAUAGCAGCUAUGACUGUGGAGAAGAAAUCAAUAUGAAAAAUUUGGUGAACUUGGUGAACGAUAAACUGAGACGUUAUGAUUAGAUUGAGAAUAUGAAAACAAAACAAUGAUAUCCAUAGGUCUAAUUUUUUUUUUCUCUCUCUCUUGAAACCUGUCAAAUAAAUAAAAUAUUCCUUUACAGUAUCAUCUUGUUAACAUCACCAAAUUUUCAGAAAUAUUUUUUCACAAGUUACAGACCACAUUAAUAUCAUAUAUUAGACAUUUUCAUGCCUUUGUAAAUGGAUACUUUAUUUGAUCUUGUCCUGUCUAUUCACUCUUUCAUUGAAGAUAAUCAUAUAUUGAUCAUAGUGCUUGUGCACACACUGAAGAAAAAUCCAGCUCCAAUGUUUUUGUGCUUGUGCACACACUGAAGAAAAAUCCAGCUCCAAUGUUUUUAUCUCCAUUAGUUUUAUAAUUUCCUGCUGACCAACUAGUAUUUCAUUCAUUUAUGGAACCUCUCAUAUGUGUGUGUGUGUGUGUACAUUGUGCAUAUGCAUGCACACACAUGUGUGCUUGUAUAAGAAAGAGGAGAAAAUCUUUUAGGUUAUAAGAGUGAGUUGGUGUAUUGGCAUUUGGUGGUGGUAGUUUUGAAUCAUGGGAUUAUAAUUAUUUUGCUUAGUGUGUCUAAUAAAUGUCACUCCCAGUGAAA